ACUAAAUAUAAGAAACAACAUAGUAAACUUAAACAUAACCUUAAAUUGUCAAAAAACUAACCCACCAACUCAACCAGAUUCCAAAGUCCAACGUUCAUUAUAUCUUAGGUCCCAAUUCCACAUUAUUGCUUAUUUAUUUCCAAUUACCUAACGUUUCCUUAAGUUUAAGUGAAAAUGGCUCGCGUUUUAGUUGGUGUUAAAAGAGUAAUUGAUUAUGCAGUUAAGAUUCGCGUUAAACCAGACAAGACUGGCGUCGUUACUGAUGGCGUUAAACACUCAAUGAACCCAUUUGAUGAAAUUGCAGUAGAGGAAGCUGUUCGAAUGAAAGAGAAAAAGAUUGCUUCGGAAAUCAUUGCUGUUUCAUGUGGACCAGCUCAAUCACAGGAAGUUAUAAGAACCGCACUUGCUAUGGGUGUUGAUAAAGGUAUUCAUGUUGAAAUAAGUGGAGCUGAGUAUGAAACGUUGCAACCACUUCACGUUUCAAAGAUUCUUGCAAAAAUUGCUGAGAAAGAGAAAGUAGAUUUUGUUAUCGUUGGGAAACAGGCUAUUGAUGAUGAUUCUAAUCAAACUGCUCAAAUGACUGCUGCUCUUUUAGAUUGGCCCCAAGCAACAUUUGCUUCAAAGAUUGAAAAGGGAGAUAAGGAUAUAACUGUUACUAGGGAAGUUGAUGGUGGUUUAGAAACAAUUAAAUGUAAAGUACCAGCUGUAAUAAGCGCCGAUCUUCGUUUAAAUGAACCGAGAUAUGCUACUUUGCCAAAUAUCAUGAAAGCUAAAAAGAAACCAAUUGCUAAAAUGACACCAAAAGAUUUAGGUGUUGAUGUAUCUCCAAGGAUUAAAGUUGUAAGUGUUGAAGAUCCUCCUGUACGCCAACCAGGUGUUGUUCUUCCUGAUGUUGAUGCCCUGGUUGGAAAACUGAAAGAAGGUGGAUUUGCUUGAAGAUCUUUGUUAUUGUGGUCAUUGUUAAAUGUGAAGGAAAUAUUUUUAUAUUGAUACCUUUGCUCUUUAAAGAAAUCUAAUGUAAUUUUAUAAAAAAAAGGUUUUUAUAAACUUUUUAACACCUAUUA